AUGUCUCGUGAAGUUUACAGUUCAGGUCAAGCAAUAAAUACAGGCACUAGAAGUCCCGGUCGCCCAAACAGACGCUUAACAGAACUGCCAACCGUCGAUAGGUCGCCUUCGAGAGACUACGGAGCCCGAGGAAGUCCUUUAGGUGAUACCCAAUUACUAGCUAACGUCAAAUAUAGCUUUUAUCCGUUCAACUCGAAUACAGGUCUGUCAUUUUAUUCUCAUCACAAUUCCUUUACAGCGAUGGGUAGCCCAUAUUACAGGGAUAUGGAUGAGCCAAUAAGCCCUGCUGGGGGAGGCCACCAUCGCAGCAGAAGUGCUACACGAGCACCUACUCACACAAUGGAGUAUCCACGAGAUCAACUUAGAACACGCUACCAAUCAUUGGACAGAGGAUUAGUUGAUCCUCAUGAUCGUGAAUUCAUCCCUAUCCGAGAACCACGCGACCGAUCUCGUGAUCGUUCUCUCGAGCGAGGACUAUAUUUGGAAGAGGAGCUUUACGGUCGCCCAGCAAGACAAAGUAUGCCAGAUCGAGGGUACCUGGGUGACCUUCAGGUGCAAAAUAAUGAUCUGCAGCGCGAACUCGGUAACUUGAAAAAGGAGUUAGAGCUUACAAAUCAAAAACUAGGUAGUUCCAUGCACAGUAUCAAAACGUUUUGGUCCCCGGAGCUGAAAAAGGAACGGGCACUACGCAAAGAAGAAAGCGCCAAAUAUAGCCUCAUCAACGAUCAGUUGAAGUUACUGAAUAAUGAAAAUCAGAAACAAGCUAUGUUAGUGCGGCAGCUAGAAGAAGAGCUGCGGCUUAGAAUGCGGGCACCAAAUAUCGAAAUGCAGCAACAAAUGGAGGCCUUGUAUGCGGAAAACGAGCAUCUACAGCGAGAAAUUUCAAUACUACGUGACACAAUUAAGGAACUAGAGCUUCGGAUAGAAACGCAGAAGCAAACUCUGCAAGCCCGCGAUGAGAGCAUUAAAAAACUGCUGGAAAUGUUGCAAAGUAAAGGAAUGGGCAAAGAAGAAGAGCGUCAAAUGUUCCAGCAAAUGCAAGCCCUGGCACAAAAGCAGCUGGAUGAAUUUAGACUCGAGAUACAGCGCCGUGACCAGGAGAUAAUGGCGAUGGCUGCUAAAAUGAAAACGCUAGAGGAACAACACCAGGACUACCAACGUCAUAUUUCGGUGCUAAAAGAGUCACUUUGCGCCAAAGAAGAGCACUACAAUAUGCUACAAGCAGAUGUCGAAGAGCUAAGAAAUCGCCUCGAAGAGAAAAACCGGAUGAUUGAAAAGAAAACUCAGAAUGCAAUGCAAUCCGUGCAAGAAAAAAAUCGCGCUCAUACUGAGUUGACAGAGCUCAAGGAGCAUAUGGACAUCAAAGACCGAAAGAUCAAUGUGCUGCAACGAAAGAUCGAGAAUCUGGAGGAUUUAUUAAAGGAGAAGGACAAUCAGGUGGACAUGGCUAGAGCACGAUUAAGCGCAAUGCAAGCCCAUCACUGCAGUUCAGAAGGAGCACUUUCUAGCUUGGAAGAAGCCAUUGGCGAUAAGGAAAAACAGAUGCAGCAGCUUCGCGAUCAACGUGACCGCGCUGAAUCAGAAAAGAAAGAAGAACGUGAACUUCAUGAACGAGAGCUAGCUGAAUACAAAAUGAAGCUACAUUCUCUAGAUAGCGAAGUAGAAAAACUCACAACUCGUCUUCAUCGGGCGUUGAAUGAGAAGGAUCGCCUCGAGUCAAAACUUGAAUGCUCCCAAAGUGAACUUGGAAAAUCUAAAGCUGAGCUAGAUAAGGCAGCCACCGAUGUUGGGCGCAGUGGAGCAGAUUGGGAAAAUGCCAAACAAAGGAUUUCAAGGCUGGAGCUUGAAAAUGAACGGCUUAGAGCAGAUCUUGAACGUUCCCAGACAACGUUCGGUAGAUCGACUUUGAGCACAUCACAGGAAUUAGAUCGAGCUCAAGAACGAGCUGACAAAACUUCAGCUGAAUUGCGACGAACUCAAGCAGAACUAAGAGUAACACAGGAACAAACAGUAGACAAUUUUUCUGAUGCCGAACGGGCAAGAGCCGAAGCUGCAGCUUUGCAAGAGAAAUUAGAAAAAAGCCAAGGAGAGGUUUACAGACUCAAAGCAAAACUAGAAAACGCACAAGGCGAACAGGAAAGCUUAAAACAGGAAAUGGAAAGAAGUCAAACCGGAAUACAACGAAUUGUUAGCGAAAGAGAUAAGGCGUACGGUGAAUUGGAUAAGAUUCGCGAAGAACUAGAACGAAGUCAAGCAACGCUUGGAAAGUCUCAAUUACAGCAGGAAAAAAUUCAAAACUCCCUGGAUAAAGCUCAGAAUGAAGUGGAUCAUCUCCAAGAGAAGUUAGACAAAAGCCUUGGAGAAGUUAGAAGGCUACAACUUGAAAAAGAAAAAAUUAACUAUGAAUUUGAAAACACUCAAUCGCAAUUGGACAAACAACUCGGUCAGUCCUCUCGAAUUCAAAAAGAAAAGGAGGCUAUCCAGAUGGAUUUGGAACGCUAUCGGGAUAAAGCCGAAAAACUACAAACGGCCAUGGGUCGAUUGCAGAAAGAGCGAGAUGUAUUAUGUGACGAAUUAGAAAAACUAAAGGAAAAGGGAGAAUCUUCCCAGAGCGCAGCUCUCAAAUACCAACGUGAACGUGAUGCUAUUCAAACAGAGCUGGAGGUUGUAAAGGAACGUUGGGAAAAGGCACAUCAAAUUCACCAGAAGCUACAGAUGGAACGAGACGACGCAGUUACUGAAAUUGAUAUCCUAAAGGAAAAACUGGAUAAGGCUUUGUACGCCAGUCAAAAAUUAAUCGAUGAAAAAGAUAACUCGAAUAAGGAAUUUGAAAAGAUGUUGGAAAAAUACGAUCGAGCACAAAACGAAAUCUAUCGAUUACAGUCACGAUGUGAUACAGCUGAAGCAGAUCGUAAUCGUAUUGAAGUGGAAGCCGAAAGAUCUGCUCUGGGUGCAGCGAAAGCAAAAGAAGAUCUCAGAAAAUUACAAGAAGAAACUACCCGACUGCAAGAAGCAUGCGAUCGUGCAGCCAUGCAACUUGGUCGAGCCAAAGAACUGGAAGAUAAGGCGAAAGAGGAUGUUGAUCUAAUACGCGAACGCCUGGAUAAGACACAAGCCGAUUUUCGAAGAGCACAAUCUGAGAAGGAUAAUCUGCAAGCUGAAAUCGAAAGGCUUACAUAUGAAUUAGAUCGUUCUCAUAAUAGCUACAAUAAGCAAACCGCUGCACUUGAAUCUGCUCAAGAGGAAGCAGCAAGAUACAGUCUAGAAAUUGAAAAAAUGCGGGAUCGUUACGAGAAAACCACAGCCGAGAUGCGUCGUCUACAAGAAAAUGAAGCAUUCUCGAGAGAAUCACGACGUCUGAAGGAAGAAAAUGACAGACUUCGCGACAAGUACGAGAAAAUGAUGAUGGAAUUGGAAAACUUCCGUAGCAAGUCACAGUAUGAAGAAGAAUCGCUUGAAAAGUACAAACAGAAAUUCGAAGCUCGCGAAAACGAAUUUCAGACCAUUGAGCUUAAACUACAUGAAACUACUUUGCAGCUGGAACUGGCACGUCAGGAAGUUCAAAAACUCAUUUCCAAUCAGGACAAACAGCGGACUGACGCCGAACGCGCACAUAUUGAAUAUGAAAAGAUUCGUGAUAAACACGAGAAACUACUGAAGGAAGUUGAAAGACUGCGACAGAAUCCUGGCUCGGCCGUAAGCCCGAGUGCAUUGGCCGCUGCUUCUGUGGGUAUGGGCGAUAAGGCAGAACUGGACAGACUACGUGAUCGUUUAGAAAAGGCAUUACAAAGCAGAGAUGCUACUGAAAUGGAAGCUGGUCGUCUUGCUAAAGAGUUGGAAAAAGCACAAUUGCAUCUGGCCAAACAACAAGAAGCUUAUGAAGCAACUAGAAUCGAGUUCGAAAGGAUGUCAGCAGAACUAACGAGAGUUCUGGAGAGAUUGGAGAAAUCGGAGGCUGAAAAGGAAACUCUCAGGCAAUCGACCAAGAUCUACGAAAAACAUCAUCAGCAGCAUGCCAGUAAUCAUAUAGAGCAAAAUGUGCUGAAAAUAGAAGCAGACAACAAACAGCUAAUGGCAGAACGGGAUCAACUAGUAAUGCAACUGGAAAAGAGUCAAGAUAUGUUAAUGAGCUUCCAACAGGAGCUUAAUGCUGCCGAACUUGAGCUUCAGCGACAGUGCGAAGAAAAUCGACGGUUGAAAAAUUCACCACAAGGUGGUCAUGCUCAAACUCAAGCCAACUCUCAAGAAAUUCAAAAUUACAAGAAAGAAGUGGCACGGCUAAAACAAAUGUUACAGGAGACCGGAGCGCGCGGUGAUAGUGAACUUGAGCAGUGGCGUAAAGUUGUAGAGCAGGAGAAAAAUAGAGCAGACCAAGCUGAAAAGGCUGCCAUUGAACUUCAAAAGAGGAUGCAGGUUAUGGAACAACAACUUAAACAACAGCUACUACAGAUGACUAACAUGCAAAAACAGAUGACGCAACAACAACAGCAGCAACAACAACAACAACAGCCCCCUGCACCACAACAACCACAAGUCAAUGCGAAAGAAAUGGAAAAAGUGCAAGAAGAACUCAAAAAUGCUGUCACUCAGCGUGAUCAAUUCCAAAAUCAACUAGAGCUGCUGGUGCAGGAACUGGAGAAAAGCCAGUUGGAAGCUCAAGAUGCAGCUAAGAAAGCACAGCAACAGCAACAACAACUUCAACAGAUGCAGCAGCAGAUCCAACAACUGCAGCAGCAGUUGCAACAAGCCACGCAGGCAGCUAAUCAAAAAGCAGCUCAGAAUGCCGGUAUAUCGGAACAGGAUCGAAAGCAGUUAGAGGCGCAAAUGAAACAGAUAGAAGACGCCACUCGACUGUUAGAAAGCGAACGCAAAACCUUCGAGGACCAACGCAAAGUCAUUGAGAACAAGCGUAAGGAUUUGGAAGAGAAAGAAAAGAAUCUUGUAGAGUUUGACAAACAGCUGAAAAAACGAAAAGAACAAAUGGAUCAAUUGGAGAAAUCAUUACAGAAGGCCGGUGGAACGGCAGCAGCGGCAGGUGAACUGAACAAACAGUUAACAGAAACACAAACACAAUUGGACAAAGUUACCAAAGAGUUGGAAAAUGCCAAAGACGAAGCUCAACGUUCAGCAGCAGAAACGGAGAGACUACUGCAAUUAGUGCAAAUGACGCAAGAGGAGCAAAAUCAGAAAGAAAAGACUAUCAUGGACCUGCAACAAGCUUUAAAGAACGCUCAAGCGAAACUGAAGACAGCACAAUCACAACCACAAGACGCUGGACCAGCUGGUUUCCUGAAAAGCUUCUUCUAA